AGAAGAAGAAGACGAAGAAGAGUAGGAAGCGAACGAAACGUGAAACAGAGGAGACAAGCAGUGCAGGCUCAGUCGAUACGAUUUUGAGAUUUAAAACACUGAGGACCAUGCUGAGGGCUUGUCUGAGAGGAGCUAAUGCCACAGCUUGGAAGAGCUGUGGGAGAACCCCUCUAAACAAUCUGCAGCACUGUCGGCAUUACACAGCAGGAGACACCAGUGGUACUGCUAAGGUGGUUGCUGCUGGUUUGGUGACUUUAGGUGGUGGCAUUGGAGGAACGAUACUUUACGCCAAAUGGGACCACAAGUUCAGGGCAGCCAUAGAGAACAAUGUUCCAUACUCUGACUGGCUGUUGGGUCUGGCUUUGGGACCUAUAGCACAGGAUGGGAGUCUCCCAGUCAAGAAACAGAUGGAGAUGGCCCAGACACCCUCUAUGAUGGAAAAAGAGGUGAAGACAUCAAAAGCCAAGUCAGAGAAGAAGUUGAAGGAGGCAGCACUGAGUCCUGCCAACGGGAUGAGUCUCGCACCAACACAGCCGGCACAGAGCAUAGAGGAGGCUUCAGCAGAGGCAACUCAUAUCAUCUCGGCCAUCAGUGAGGUCCCAUCAAUCCCUGCUCCAUGUGACACAGAGGUACCAGCAGUAAAAGAGGAGUGCAAGGAUUGCUAUGACCAGCAGGAUACCCCAGAGACAGCAGUUUACACUGACACAGAGUCACCUGCAGCAUCAGAACCAAUGAGAGAGCGUCCAGUGGAAGAAGUGGCCGCUAUACUGGCUCAACAGGACAAGGAGGAGCAGGAAAUUAUUGCAUCUGUAUCAGCUAGUCUUGAAUACUCAAUGGCUAGCUCAGCUAAAGCAACCCUGCAAGCCAUUGGAGCUCAGGAGGCCGCCCUACAGACCAUCACACAGCACACACACAAACUGAAGGAGGCUAUGGAAGCAGAGGUUCCACCUCAGGAGAAGUCAGCCCAGUGGAAGGAUCUAGAAGCUGCUCUUGCUGAUAGAACUUGUGCUGUGAAUGAUGCUGGAACUGCUCUGUUGAAAGCCAAUGAAGCUUUGGACAGUCUCAAGUCUGUGAUUGACAAGUCUAAAGGGCUGAAGGUCACUGCUGUUCGCCCACUGGUUCUAGCAGCUGAGGAGAAUCUCCACAAAAUGAUGGUUGACUUGGAUAAGGUGGUCACAAAGGUGCAGUCUUCAGAGUCAGAAGCCAAGAUUGUCUCCCAGUACAGUGAAUUGGUAAAUGAAGCCAAACAUCAAUUUCAGAGGGAAGUGAGCAGCCUUACUCCAGAGAUCCACGCCAACUGGAAGGGACUCACUGGGAAACUGUCAGCAGAUGACUUGAAUGCCCUGAUCGCCCAUGCACACCGUCGUAUUGAUCAGCUGAAUCGGGAGCUGGCAGAACAGAGAGUCAGAGAGCAGAUCCACAUUGAUACGGCACUGGAGCAGCAGAAGUUGGAGGACCAGAAAGCCCUUGAGAAAGCCGUCAACACCACCCUGCAGCAUGUCAAGGAGGAGGCCCGGCUGGAGCAGGAGCAAAAGCUGUGUGAGUUAAGGGAAGUGAUGGAGGCAGAGAUGAGGACCCAGCUCCGGAGGCAGGCAGCUGCUCAUACAGACCAUGUCCAGGAUGUCCUCAAAGUCCAGGAGCAGGAAAUGAGAGCUGAAGCUGACCAGGUCCUCAGCAGUAAGAUGCUAGAACAGGAUACCCGUUACCGUCAUUUGAGCCAGGAACAGCUUGAUAACUUCACUCUGGAUAUGAACACUGCCUAUGCAAGACUGAAGGGGAUGGAUGAGGCCAUAGACAGCCAUGUGGUAGCAGAGGAGGAGGCCCGUAAAGCUCACCAGCUCUGGCUCUCUGUGGAGGCACUCUGCUACACUCUAAAGACUGCUGAUGCUGAAUUGCCCACUGCUCCUCUGGAUGGGGCUGCCCAGGUCGUACGAAACAGCUGCCAUGACAAUGAGUUUGCCUUGGCAUUGGCAUCAGCUCUUCCAGAAGAAUCCCUUAAUCGAGGUGUUUACAGUGAGUCUGCUCUCCGCGCCCGUUUCAACACCUUGCGAUCACUGGCCCGCCAGGUCGCACUCAUUGAUGAAUCUCAUAACUCCUUGUACCACUAUUUCUUGUCCUACCUUCAAGCUGCACUCCUGUUUGAGGCUAAACAGGAAGCGCCGCCUGCCCAGCUGAGUAGUGAGAAUUUAGAUUCUUUCAAGCUUUUGUCAUAUGCAAGUUACUGCUUAGAACAUGGAGAUCUUGAGUUGGCAGCUAAACUGGUGAACCAGUUGAGAGGUGAGGCUAGGAGAGUGGUGGAGGACUGGCUGACUGAAGCCAGACUUACACUGGAAACCAGGCAGGUUAUCAGUUUGCUCUCUGCGUAUGCAAAUGCUGUAGGGUUAGGAACCACCCAGUCUCCAUAGCCUGCCACUCUUACUGAAGCUUUCAAUCUUUAAAGAUUUCACUAAAACUGUCUUUAGAGGAUAAAGUAAUUGCCCACUGUUGACUUGAGAGAUAUUCAGUGGCGUAUUCCUUUAAUCGACGGAUGUUAAAUUACAGCAUGGGUUUAUUGGUUUAAAGCACUAAGUAACUAUGGAUGAUUUAUUGUGUUAUAUAAUUGCUACACCCUCUUAGUCAAAUAGACUUGCCGGUUCAGGCCCACAGUUAUAUAUUUCUGGAUAGUUGUUUUGUGUCUCAUGAAACGUAAUUUGGAUUAAAGAAUGUGUCCAGCUGCAUUUCUUUUCUCACCCCUGCAAAUGUUACAAUAAAUCUUGAUGAAGAGUU